GAGUCCAGGAAGGGUGCAUGUCAGUCACAGGUGAGGGUGUAGGGUUAGGGAAGUUUGAGUGAAAAGGGCCGGAGACUGAGGAACGUCGGAGCUGAUGGCAGAGCCGUGCGCUGGAGCAGCAUCGCGCCCGCGGAUGAGGAAGAAACUUUUUCCUGCUUUUCCUUCGGGGAUGAGAGAGGGCAAAAACUGUGGAGGAGGAAAGUGAAGCGCCAGCUGAGCUCAGCGGAGGGGGGAACCGGAUAAUGUGGCCGAAUUGACAUCCAUGCCGCAAUUCCUCGACUUUUUUAGACCGAGCAAACCGUCUCUCCCGUGAAAUAAAAAAUGGCCGUCCGUGGCAACUCACUGAUGCCGUUCUCGAUCCAAGCAAUCCUGAACAAAAAGGACGAUAGCAGGCACUUGCCUGACUUAGAUAUGUGCCUGUCCAAGACGGCGUGCUGGAAAAUAUUUGGGGAAAUGAACGGAGACUCGGGGAGGACUGAUGCGGAGGCUUGUGAGCAGACCGAGCAGAGGAGCUACGACUCCGAUUCUGGACUCAGCGACGACAACGACAGACAGACUCCUGCCGGGUGCAAAUCGGAGAAGGACGAAGACCCAGCGUCGGAUGUUCCAGACGAGAGCCUACAGGAGGAGACGGACCAUGAGUCUGGCGCUGCGGACAACGUGAAGAGUGACAGUGACCCCAACAACGGUACGGACUCGAGUAACCUAGACGAGAAAAGCCCGGACCAGCCCAAACAGCGGAAGAAGCGCUCCAGAGCCGCCUUCUCUCACGCGCAGGUCUUUGAGCUGGAGCGCCGCUUCAACCACCAGCGGUACCUCUCCGGACCCGAGCGGGCGGACCUGGCGGCCUCCCUCAAGCUCACAGAGACUCAGGUCAAGAUCUGGUUCCAGAACCGCCGGUACAAAACGAAACGCCGGCAGAUGGCGGCUGACCUGAUGGCGUCCACCCCGGCGGCAAAGAAGGUGGCGGUGAAAGUUUUGGUGAGGGACGACCAGAGACAGUACAGCCCGGGAGAGAUCCUGCGGCCCCCACUGCUGUCCCUGCAGCCGUCUUACUAUUACCCCUACGCGUACUGCCUCCCGGCAUGGACACUGUCUGCAUGCGCGGGGAAUCAGUGAGAACUCGGAGACUUUAUUUAUUCAUUUUUUUUCUGUCUUUUCUGCGCCCGGGAACUUGGCUGACAUUUUUUCUUUCAACAAAACAAAAGGGAGGUACUUGAGGGGCCGCAGUUCUGACUGAACCUCCUCAUGGUGUCAUCCAGGAAACACCAUGAGCUUCUCAAAAAUUUCCACAUUCCUUUUUUUUGUGUUACGAAAGACCAAAAAAAAAAAAGAGGUUCCUUUGUAGUUUUUGUUCUAAACUGUUCUAAAUGCGCGACUGGAGAGAGAGAGGCCUUCAGACAGUAUAUCAGUGUGGCAUUCCACACUGCAGUAAAAUAAAAAAUGAUUAACAUUAUAAUAAUUAUAAUCAUGUUUUCUGGGACACCUUCAUGGACCGCCGAGGACCCUUGGACUAAUGGGACACGGCUGGUUGACAUUUUACGCGCGCCAUCCUACCUCUGCAGUGAUUGGAAGCAGCCAUAUUCCAUCCAUACCGUUUCAGAACUGACUCAAUUACUGUUACGUUUUUGUGUGUUUUUUUAUUCUUGCUGUGUUUUUAAAGGUAAACCAUAUUUCAGCACUUUGAGCAUCCUUCAUUAUCUUUGUAUGACGUGCAUGUUUGGUGUCAGACUGAAAGCAGAGCAGGCUGAGAUCCCCCCCCCCCCCCCAAAAUCUUCGUGUUCUAUUUUUCUGAACAGAAUGGAAAAAACAUUAAAGGCAUAUGAAGCAUGAAAUUCACUUGGAUGCAGCAUUAUUUUAUAUUUAGUUCUUGUAAAUGUGAGGCUGAUUUCAUUCUUUUUUACAACUCGAGUUUAUUAUUAUAUUUUGUCAUUUGAAUCGACAUUUUGGGGGGAAAUGUUAUAAAGGUUUUAAGAAAUACAUAAAAAAAACACCUUUAGCAUAAAUCAAACUUCAAUUUUUUGCAUCUGGAAUUGAAAUCACAUGUUAUUCUAAAGAAUAAAAUAACUCAAAGUAAAAUACACACAAUUGAAGCAUUUAUUGAAUAGAUAAAUCAAUACGUUUAAAGACAUUUUUAAGGUAGAAUUUUAACGCAAAAGGUUAAAGUUGGAUAAAUUGAUAAUUAAACGCGCCUCUUAAUGUCCCCCCUUCAGUCUUAAAGUCAGCCUCCUGCACCUCUGCGGCCCUCUUCCCAAACGCAUAUGUGUCAAACAGUGAUGAAUGGCACCGUGAUUCCCGGACAGGGCAAACUGACAGCUACCUUCAGGGUCUGUAUGUCAGCACAAGGAGAGGAGUGUUCCGGGGUUAAGGAGGACCGUGUCACUGUGCCUGAGUUUGGGGAGAAGAGGGGAGUUCUCCUUCUGCGCUCUGAGCAGGUAGACAUCCUUCAAAGCAGAAAAUACUACAGCCUCUGUUUUGCUUUGGAGCUGUAGGUGUUUCACUUGGAUUUGAGUGUGGGAGUCACAGGAAGUCUUAGUUUUACCCUGCGCUGCAGGUCAGGAGUAGCAGGUUUUCUUCCAUUUGUGGCCGCUCACAUCCUUGAUAAUGUUGGAUUGUGGAGCAGAACCCGAAGGACGGGCACACAUCUGUGAUGCAAGGUCCCUAUGAUGGUGUUAAAGGAAGUAUAUUAAGAAAAAACUUUUUCUCCUGGUAUGUCCUAAUGUGUGAUGUUGAUGCAGGUGUGUGCGCACCGAUGCCACGACCGCCCCGGCGCUCCUUCCAGGGUUGCGCAAAAGGACGGAGAACAGUCCCACAUCCUUUCACACCUGCAGAUGUCUGAGAUAGAAAGUCGUUAUUUCUUCCGUUCCACCCUAUCUCGAACUGCAAAUACUGAUCAGGACAAACAGUCCCGAGAAAGCAUAAACCCGACAUUUACGCGUGACGAGGGCCAUACGAGGACCUUGCCUUAAAGUUCAGGGUGAACUGCGCUUUGUUUUCAUUCAACCCGAGACUAAAAAAGUUAUUUAAAGAAAAUAUUUUACGCUACAUGAACAAAUAUUUACCAACGACAAAAAAUAGAAAAUGCUUUGAGAGAAUCCCUUUUUUCCCAAUAUUUUGUUAAGAGCAAUUAAAUCCAUGCAUCGGCAGAUUCACAUCAAUGCAUAAUUUAUUCAUUCAUUUUCUUCCGUUUGUCCCUUUCGGGAUCACGGGGCUACUGGAACCCAUCCCGACCACUUAUGGGCGAAGGCAGGGGACACCCUGGACAGUCUGUCGCUGGGUCACACAUAUCACACACCCAUUCACACCUAUAGACAAUUUAGAGUGACCAAUUAACCUAUGAAGCUUGUUUUUGGACGGUGGGAGGAAGCCAGAGUCCCCGGAGAAAACCCACGCAUUCACGGGGAGAACAUGCAAACUCCACACAGAAAGGUCCCCCGUUGAUGUUUGUUUCAGGUCCCCCAAACGGGACUUGCCCCAGGGGCCUCUUGCUGUGUGGCAAUAGCGCUAACCACUGCGCCACCGUGCAGCCAAAUGCAUAAUUUAGCAACAACUAAUUUUCAUGUAAACUUUCUAAUAACCGAACGCACCACAUUGGUCAAAAUCUUUACAGGAAACAGGACGACUAAUGACAAUACUUACUCACUAUAAAAAAGCGCAUGUCCAAACCCACCUGCAAAAUAGACAUAUGUGGGCUACGGUUCACAUGGUCUUCAUCAUCUUUUUGAAUGCAGCUAAGACAGACUUUUCCAGUUUUAAAGUAAUUUUUAAGGCUUUCAUCUGCAGGACUGUUUGAUCUGAUUUUAAAUUCAAAUCAAAUCGUUAAAAAUAAAUAAACAGGGAAUUGGAGCUUUAAUUCAGUGUCCGUCUUUUUUUUAUUGGAACACAGUUAAUAAUACGUUUGCAUUUCAAUAACUGUCUCAAUGCUGGAAAAAUAUUGAGCAGAAAUGCAGUUAAAUGCAAUCAGCAACUUUUAUUUUGAAAACUGUACUAUAAAACUUUAAAACUUGCAUAAAAGAGCAACAAAUCCGAGAUGGACAAUGCGUCAAUGAUGAACUACAGACUGAUGUGUGCGAUGUUGACUGUCAAAGUUGGAAAAUGCAACGCGUUUGUAAAUGUAAGUAGCCUAAGCUUUACACAAUUCAAUAAAUAAGCAAACUAAUGAUAAUAAAAAUAAACAUAU